AUGGCACAACAAACUCCCUACAUUGGAAGCAGAAUAAGUUUGAUUUCUAAACUCGAUAUACGCUACGAGGGAAUAUUGUACACCGUCGAUACCAAUGAAUCAACUAUUGCUCUUGCCAAAGUGCGUUCGUUCGGAACGGAAGACAGACCAACACCAAAUCCAGUUGCUGCUCGUGAUGACAUAUAUGAAUACAUUAUUUUCAAAGCAACUGAUAUCAAAGAUCUAAUUGUGUGUGAAACGCCAAAACCGGUACCUCAACUUGCUAGCGGCUUGGCAUAUGACCCAGCCAUAUUAUCGAUUUCUUCAGGACGUACCAUCCCAAUGCAUCCCUCAGUUCCUGGUGUACCUAUGGGUAGCAACAUUAUUAGCGCUGGAUCAGCUAAUUUGAAUGUAUUUGAAGCGUCGCGUUCUGGUACACCGAAUCGCAUUUCUCCAGCUGAAGAUCCGGCACAUUCGCGUGCUCCUGGGGCAGGACGCAAUCAACGUACAGGUUCAUUGCCAAGUGCAGUGCAGCCCACGACAGGUACUAAAAACCGUGGUGGUUUCCAACAGCAGAUACAUCAAGGAACACUUAAUACCGGACGACAGCAGAAUUAUCCAAAUGUUGGGACUUAUCAGGGUAGCUAUGGAAGAGGUGGGCAGCAGAAUAAUUAUCGUGAGAGUCGUGGAGGUUUCUUCACUCGUGGAGGUAGUGUAAAUUAUCAACGCGGUGGAGGAGGUCAUCGUGGUGGAAUUGGUGGAAAGCCGCAAUCUAAAGAGAAGCUGAAGUUUGAAAGUGACUACGACUUUGAGAAGGCCAACGAACAAUUCCAGGAAACACUGAAUCAUAUCAGUCUCGAUCUUAAGAAAACCAAGCUGGAAGAUGGAAGUAAGAAGUCAGGAACGGGAUCUGAUGCUGGUUCAGAUGUCAUCGAAGAAGAAGUCACUGAAAAUGGCCAGGAGGAACAAGAAAAGCGGUAUUAUGAUAAAAGUUCAUCGUUUUUCGAUCGAAUUUCAUGUGAAGCGCUUGAAAAACAAGAAGGGAAGCCACGUACGGACUGGAGAAAGGAGCGUGAGACAAACCAAGAGACAUUUGGACAUUCCGCGGUGCGCUCGCUUACAUAUCGCCGCCCUCGAGGAUUCAUGAGUGGUCGUGGUGGCCGUAGUGGACACAUGAAUAGUGCUUAUCGUUACAGUUCUGGCUACAACUACGGAAAUCAGCAACGAAGCAGUUACGGCAAUUUCCACAACAAUUAUAAUCGUCGGAACAAUUAUCGUAGUAGCGCCAGCUAUUCUGGCCAAUAA